AUGGCCACUGGCACAUCUAACCCUAUAGCCAAAGCAAGGCUCGUGGCUAGAGGUUUUACUCAUAAGCCAGGUAUUGAUUUUUUUGAUACUUUUGCUCUUGUCGCAAGACUUGAAACAAUUAGAACUUUGAUUUCUCUCGCUGCCCAAAAGAAUUGGUUGAUUUAUCAUCUUGAUGUGAAGUCAGCAUUCUUGAAUGGAGUGCUACAAGAAGAGGUUUAUGUUGAGCAACCCCAAGGUUUUCUUGUUGAAGGGGGAGAAGAAAAAGUUUACAAGUUGAAAAAGGCACUUUAUGGGCUAAAGCAGGCGCCCCGGACUUGGUAUGCUGAAAUUGAUAAGUAUUUUUCACAUAGUGGUUUUCAAAAGAGCCAAAGUGAGCCCACACUUUACAUCCUAAAGAAGGGAGCUUCUAUUCUUAUUGUUUCACUGUAUGUUGAUGAUUUGAUCUUUACGAGCAAUAAUGAACACUUGAUCCAACAGUUCAAGAAGGAUAUGAUGAGCACCUAUGAGAUGAGUGAUUUGGGAUUACUUCAUUAUUUUUUGGGAAUUGAAGUUUCUCAAACUGAAAAUGGGAUCUUCAUUUCUCAAAAGAAAUAUGUUGAAAAUAUUCUCAAGAAGUUAAAUUUGCUGGGCUGCAAAUCAGUGGCUACUCCUUUGAUAGCAAAUGAGAAAAUGAGGAAGUUUGAUGGUGCAAAGAAGUCAGAUGCUAAGAAGUAUAGAAGUUUGGUUGGUAGUUUUUUGUAUCUUACGGCAACUAGACCAGAUAUUAUGUUUGCUGCAAGUUUACUUUCACGUUAUAUGCAAGAGCCAAGUCAGAUUCAUUUUAGAGCUGCAAAAAGGGUGUUGAGAUACUUGCAAGGCACACUUGAUUAUGGAAUUUGGUUUACAGCAGUAGAAAAAUCAAGGCUUAUUGGUUACACAGAUAGUUAUUGGGCAGAAUGUCUUGACGAUGUGAAGAGCACGUCAGCCUAUGUUUUUUCACUUGGUUCCGGCAUAUGUUCAUGGGCAUCAAAGAAGCAAAAUGUGGUGGCACAAUCUACUGCUGAAGCAGAGUACAUUGCAGCAGCUAAGACAGCAUCACAAGUUGUAUGGCUUAGAAGGAUACUUGAAGACAUUGGCGAAAAGCAAGAAGAAGGCACCAAAUUAUAUUGUGACAACAAAUCAGCCAUUGCCAUUGGGAAAAAUCCAGUGAGUCAUGAUCGUACAAAGCAUAUUGCCAUCAAGUACCAUUUCAUUCGAGAGUCAAUUGAGAAAGGUGAAGUUGCACUUGAAUACUGCAGGACAGAGGAGCAGUUGGCAGACAUACUCACCAAGGCACUUCCAAGAGAAGUUUUGCUAUUUAAGAGAGCUCAUUGGAGUUGUGAAGAAAGUCCAUUAAGGGGGAGUGUUGGAAUUAAUGCACUUCCUUCAUUCUCUAGAAUAUCUCUAUUUAUUAUAGUAGUCAAUGUUUUCAAAGGCGAGGCGUAUAGGCGAGGCGUUUUUAGUAGCGCUAUGCGAGGCAAGAUUCCAGAUCUGCAACGCCUCCUCACGCCUCGCUCCGCCUGGACACGCCUUGCAACGCCUCCUCACGCCUUCCCAGCGCUAAACGUGCAAAUCGCGAAACAGCCGGACGCCUCGGGCGUUUUCCUCCCGCCUCGCGCCGACGCGCGCGAAGGCAUGCCUUUGAAAACAUUGAUAGUAGUUGUAGCUGUCUUUAAUUAA